CAUCCUCAGGACUGGACAGGAAGGUGCAUGGAGUCAGCCAUUAGCAGGGCUUUGCAUUAGUCCACAUUGGAGUGUAGCAGGCAGCACUUCCAUGCCAUUCCAUACAUUCUGUUAAAUUUAGAGAGAGGGUGAUUGUGGGGGGCACACACACAACUUCUACUAAUGGGCACAGCUCCCUGUGCAAGUGUGCAUGCCUUCCAUUGGAGUGCCCUUAUUAUGGGCUGAUCUAUUGCACUGUAUUUAUCCAGGCGCUUCAAUGGAUGCACUUUAAUAGAUGAGACUCCUGGGAGGCAUACAGCACAAUCAAUUGCCUGUUUAUGUAUCUUGGGUCGGCGGAGGAGCACCGGCGAGGUGGACCGAUGCAUCCAUGCGAACACACUUAGGAGGAGCACCAGUGCUGUCACCUCAUUAAUCUGAAGCCGUACCUUGCAAGCUCAUCAUCUUUAAUGGCUCGCUUGUCUUAUAUGAGGAUUAAAUACCUCUUUUUCUCAUGGCUGGCGGUGUUCAUAAGCAGUUGGGUCAUAUAUGUACGUUACAACUCGUACACAGAGCUCUGCAGAGGACAUGAGUGCAAAGCUAACAUCUGUGAUAAGUAUAGAAAAGGCAUUAUCGACGGAUCAGCCUGUGAAGGUCUUUGCUCCAAGGAAAAUCUUUAUUUUGGAAAAUGUUUGUCAACCAGACCGAACAAUCAGAAGUAUCUGGGAAUCUGGGGAAAUCUAGAAGGUGUGAUAAAGUGUCAGAUGGAGGAUCCUGAGCAUGUUGAUUUUGGAUCUGAGCUGGAACCUAGGAAAGAAAUUGUACUGUUUGACAAGCCAACAAGAGGAACCACUGUGCAAAAAUUCAAAGAGAUGGUGCAUAGUCUCUUUAAAACUAAAUUGGGUGACCAAGGAAAUCUCAGUGACCUAGUAAACCUAAUCUUGGCAGCAGCAGAUGGUAAUAAAGAUGGACAUGUGUCACUACCAGAGGCCAAGUCUGCCUGGGCACUUCUACAGCUAAAUGAAUUUCUACUGAUGGUGAUCUUACAGGACAAGGAGCACACGCCAAAGCUACUUGGUUUCUGUGGUGAUUUGUACAUAACAGAGCGAGUGCAAUACACCUCACUUUAUGGAAUAAGUCUACCAUGGAUCAUCGAAGUAUUUGUUCCACGAGGACUACGAAAACGCAUGGAUCAGUGGUUCACCCCAUCAUGGCCAAGGAAAGCUAAGAUAGUCAUAGGUCUUCUAGAGUUUGUAGAAGACAUUUUCCAUGGACCCUAUGGAAAUUUUCUUAUGUGUGACAUAAGUGCCAAAAACUUUGGUUACAAUGAGAAAUAUGACUUGAAAGUGGUUGAUAUGAAAAACAUCGUCCCAGAAAUGAACUUGAAAGAAUUAAUCAAAGACCGACCUUGUGAAGUUGAUGCCGACUGUGUUUAUGCUACUGACUGCAGCACUGUGUGUGACCAAAGCAAAAAGAGAUGCACUGCAGACAUAACCCAACCAAAUUUAGCAAAAAUAUGCCUGUUGGUAAAAGACUACCUGCUUCGGGGUACCCCUUCCGAAAUCCAAGAUGAACUAGAGAAACAGAUCUACUCGUGCAUUGCCCUAAAAGCUGCUACAAAUAACAUGGAGAUGCAACAUUCAUUAAUUUUAAACAACCUAAAAGCCCUUUUAUGGAAGAAAAUAUCCCAUACUAAUGAUUCGUAACACCCAAUGUCUCCAUACCAUCAGCCACUAUCAGAUAAAAGCACUUGUGUGUUGAUAUGUCUAUAUUAUUUUAUACAAACUUAUUUUUUUUAUCAAAAUGUUGAAUCAUUUGGUUUGGGAAAAUGUUGGAAAAUUAAAUAAGAUAGUAUUCCUCUUUUGAGGCCAUCUACGUGUCAGUUUCAGAAACUGUUAAUAUGUAAAUGCACAUUGUCAUUACACCAUUGGCAUCCCAUUGAUUCUUGUUCCUUUGCAGUGGUUGGUGGACUGGGACUGUCUUUGCAUAGCAGGACAUUGGUAAACACAUGUCUUUCAUCUGGACUCACCUCAUUCUCUACUUUCAGGAUGUUACGAUGCUGUGAAAAUUUGCCUCCUAAACUUCUAAUGGUGGAACUGAAGGCAUUUUUAUACAAUUGACUAUUAUAAUUUUAUUUUUUAAGAACGCUGGCCAAAAUACCACUCCUGCCAUAGUGUGGUGGAAUAAAAGCUGCUGUUUUAAUGUGUGGAACUAAAACAAAAAACUCAAGUUUACUGAUACGUUAGCAUGGAGAAUUUGCACACUCUUAUUCAGAACAUAAGUAAACGCUAACUUGUCAUUAAAAUGUUGACUGUCAAAUGAGUGGUUAA